CUUCAGUUGCGAAGUCUGUUUCUUCCCAACGACGACGUUCACUCUCACUUCAUUUAAUUUCAGUAUUCCCACCACAGUCCACACGCACAGCACGUGCCCGCUGGCUCCAACAAAGUCAUCUUCUUCUUAUUUCUGUUUUCCCCCAAAAGAAAACUCAGAUCAGAUUAAAUUCCAUAGACGCUAUCUUUCUCCAUGUUUCUGAUUCAGGAUCUCUUCUCCCUCCCGCGCCUCCACCACGUCAUCUCAGCAGAAUCGGUUUUGCAGUCUCUAGGCGAGUCGGUUACGAGUUCGAGUUGCAAAAGCACGGAGUUGGAGCAAUGUCGCGACGAGUCAGCGGCGUUGGUGUUGAAAUUCGUGGCGAUGGCGUCGAUUUUGUUGGCCGGAUUUGGAGGGGUCGCGAUUCCGCUAGCGGGGAAGUCGCGGCGGUUUCUUCGGCCGGAUGGGGAUGCCUUCACGGCGGCGAGGGCGUUCGCGGCGGGGGUGAUUCUCGCCACGGGGUUUGUGCACAUGCUGAGGGAUUCGUGGGAGGCGCUAGGAGACCCGUGUCUGAGAACCUACUGGAGCGCGUGGGCGAAGUUUCCUUUCACCGGUUUCUUCGCCAUGGUUUCCGCGCUCUGCACUCUCCUCAUUGACUUUAUGGCGACUGCGUACUACGAGCGGAAGGAGGGGCGUGGACGUGUGGAGCGUGCGAAGGUUGUUGAGUGUGGGAGUGACGAGGAGGCGUUGUUGGAAACGGGUAUAGUGGAGGUUAAGGAUGUUGGGGGAGAGGGAAGUCACGCGGUGCAGCGAACACACUCCCACUCGCAUCACCGUGAUGAUGUGGAAAGUACGGUUCGGCACGUCGUGGUCUCACAGGUAUUGGAGCUUGGGAUUGUAUCUCAUUCGAUGAUAAUUGGGCUAUCUCUAGGAGUUUCGCAAAGCCCUUGUACCAUGAGACCCCUAAUUGUAGCAUUAUCGUUCCAUCAGUUCUUCGAAGGAUUUGCACUUGGUGGAUGCAUCGCCCAAGCCCAAUUCAAGACCUUGUCAGCAACAAUUAUGUCAUGUUUUUUUGCACUAACAACGCCCCUAGGUGUUGCCAUUGGGGCUGGUAUUGCUUCAGUUUUUAACCCUUACAGUCCAGGAGCACUCAUCACUGAAGGCAUCUUGGACUCUUUCUCAGCUGGGAUUUUAAUGUACAUGGCUUUGGUGGACUUAAUAGCCGCAGAAUUUCUUAGCAAGAAAAUGCAUUGCAACUUCAGGCUUCAGAUUACAUGUUACUGCUUGCUUUUCCUUGGAGCUAGCUUGAUGUCUUCACUCGCAAUUUGGGCAUGAGUGAUACUUUUCAACGUUGUAAAUUAUCUCAGGUAAUAUCCUUGUAUAGCUUUAUUGUUUUUAUUGUUCUCAUAUACCUAUCUAUAACUAAUUAAAUCAAGAAAAAUAUAUAGAUUGCUAAAAAGGGCGUGUUGACAAUUGUAACAUUACAUCAUGUGUGGUUCUAAUUGUGACCCCACUCAAAAUGUAUCUCACAAUUUUAAUUUAAAGCAUGCAACUGCACUCAA